AUGUGAACCGGAGGGAGUAUAUGAUUUCAUCUAAUUUUUUAUUAAAUUUAAACAUUAAGAUACGGAAAUUGACCCGUAAUGGUACCAAACCAUAUUUCGAAUAUAUAAAUAAUUCUAUAGAUUUUUUUCUCGAAUCGAAAUCGUAUUGUUUAAAACAUGUAUGAGAACGGUCAUAGAUAUUUAAAACUAAAUAAUACUGGACUAGGCCAUUCAGCACUAAUAUCUUUGAAUUUUUUAUAUUCUUUACAGCCCAAUAAAUCUCUUGUUUAGAUCAAGACUUUUAUAUCAAGAGUAUGCAUUCAUGUGUUACAAAACAGCUAAAUGUGUGCUUAUAUAAAUUCUGUUAUUCAUUCCUUUUAGAGAACUUAUGAUAUGUUGUGCUAUGAACUAAAAGAAUGCUAGUGUUUUGGUAUAAAAAUUAAUCACUAUUAACUUUCAGUAAUGUAAUGUACUACGUCUUAUAUAUAUAAAUAUGAGUAUAUGACUAAUUGUGGUAUCAUUUUUAGUUGUUUUGGAUUUUAAAUAAUCUAUGUUGGGAUAUAUUAUCCCGGCCUAUUACUGUUCAUGAGUCCAAGGCUUUACGUAGUACGGAGCCCGAGCAGCUAGGCCCAUUUCGGCCCAUCCGGCCCACUUUAGCCAUUUGGGCCCACUCCGGCCCAUGCGGCCCAUUAGGGUGGAGAGCAUCCCCUUCCCCUAUUCUCUAUAAAUAUGGGGGUUUCCCUCCAUAUUAGGGAUCUUGUCUUCUUCCUUCUUUCUAGAAUAGAAUAGCUAGCUUCAUCCUCCAUUAAUGGGAGCUCAAUACCUUGUACUUUGUAAUGGUGAGGAGAGAUUAAUGAGAAGGAGAGGGCUUGGACAUUAGCCUAAAAAGUCCCGUGGUUUUCUCCCUUUCGGGUUUCCACGUAAAAAUAGUUUGUUCAUACACAUUUAUACAUAUAUUUACUAUAUCGUGUUGGAUUAAACUCAACACUGGCGCCGUCUGUGGGAAUCAGUUCAAAAAGACUAAGCGUGUUCUUCAGCUUCAACAACAAACCUGAGACGAACUGAUUUACAAAAAAAAAAAAUGAUACCAGACAAACUGGUCUCAACAAAACGAAGGAAAAUGAUUCUGGGAAGAAAGCAGGAGGGAAAAUGAUUAUGGGAAAUCUGGGCUCUUUGGAUUUUUCUCUGUUUAUCUGCCGCCGCCAGAGCAUCGCCGCCGCCGGAGCAUCUGCCAAAUCUCCGCCGUGUAACGUCAGGAGCUCUCCGAGCCAGCCGCGGUUCGCCGCACCGCCGGAAGAUCAAAGACGGUGGUCGCUCCUCCGUCUGGACAGUCGCUGCUCAGGGCUCAACCUCGCUGCCGACCCAACUCGGGGGAUUUUCCAACCAGACACCUCCUUGAGUCCUUGGUUUCCGCCAUUAAUGGUGGUUUCGAGCUCAUAAGAGGGGUUUAGCAAUUUCGGUUAAGCUUCCACCGGGGAUUAGCUUUUCUGGCCGUCCUUGCAACGUUGCGACCCCAUCUCCCCCGGCAGAAGGUGGCCGGCACGAACGGGCUGCGUCUGGUUUGGUAGAAAGGUGCUCCACCUGCCCUUUCUAAGAGAUGCACUCCGCAUGAAAUGCUAUGGACCUAAGCGGGCCACGUCCGCAAGUUUGAGGCCAAGUAUGGAAAGGCCAAUUUAUUUUGAGGAGUGAACUAAAAGAUGGUUAAAAAAAAACAGAUGCGAACAUGGAUUGAACAUGGAUGCUUCCUUAUGAGGUCUAAGUUCGGACUUUCUACGUGGAGUUAAACAGAAUACUCCGCAUGAGGUCUCUCUACGGGUUGAAAAACAUAUGCGAACAUGGAUUGAUGGAUUUUGACCAAGUCAAAAUUGAAAGAAGAAAAUAGGGAGCAAACCUGACAAUACUCCACUGGCCGAAAACAUCUUUGAAGCUAAGUGCCCUAUUCUUGAACUUUGAAUUGAUACUCCGUAAUUGUUUUGAAAUAUUACUGGUAUUGUCAUUAGUUAAAUUAUUUUAUCACCAUUAUUUAUUAGGGAUUAAAACCUCCCGAAAUUAAAUAAUGCCGAGCGACGCUCUUUGUGAUAAUUAGUUUUCACCGUCAUUUAAAUUUAAUGACUGGUUGUUGUGGGCCCGUCAGCCCGCUCCUGAUCGGCUUAAAUUAGCGGACGGAGCAUACCGGAAUGGCCUUUGAUAGGAUGACAUCAUUGCUAUUGCCGUUAAAUCCCUAUUAUUUAUUAGGGGUAAAAUGUCCCGAAUUAAAUAAUAUGGAGCGAAGCUCUAGUGAUGGUUGGUUCAGCCAACAUUUUAUUGAAUAUUUAAUUUCUUGUGGGCCCGUUGGCCCACCCUCGAUCGGCUUGGUUAAGCGAUCGGAGCGUCUCCAGAAGGGCGAUAGCCCGACGACGCAUUUUAAUUUGAGGGUUGCGCAUUAGUCCGCACGGCACUACGUGCCCGAGCGACGAUCGUACCCCACUGUCAUCUACGCCAUUGGGCGCGAAGUGACUAUUGCCAGACGCGGCCUGUGGGGCCCGAGGGCACCAAAGCACUCAACCUCGUUUUUCCGAGGGCAGUGCGACCAACUUGGGUCUGAGUUUGAAAACUCACAGACCGAAGAAUAUCUCCAUGUGACGUUCGGCGGGCUGCUAAUUGGCCCCGCCGCGAGCUGCUACGUCCCUUAACCCCGCACGAUGAGCCGGGCCGUGGGUCACGAUGACCCAUAGGCCGGUAAUCGUGGGUGUUAAAAAGAAAGCCAUGCAGAUGGUUAUGUGUGUAUACAUAUUGUCGGGCCGUGCGGCCCGUUAUCAUGCUUAUUGCGCAGCUGAAGCCACUCGACGCGCUCGAGCGAAAUGAUGAAAAGACGCUUGGCCCGAGUCUUGAAGACGUUCAGGGCCAGCUAAAGAGGGGACCACCAUGGUUGAGAACCACGGGACGGGCAUCUCCAUCCCAGAGACCGAUGGCCUAGGAAGAACACCUAGAGGCCGAGGGUCUAGAGGGAACUGCCACGACGAAGAACCGUGAGACGAUCAUCCAUCAUCCAGAGGCCGAGGGCCAAGAGGAAACCAUCACGGCUGAGAGCCGUGAUACGAGCAUCUCCACACCAGGAGCCGGUGGCCUAGAGGAGACCACUACGGCCGAGGGUCGUGGGACCAUCCUUACAUCACGACCGACCUCACGGUACGGCGUAUUUAUCACCUGAAGACCGGUAUCAUCCCCGCGCUGCGCGGAUGAGAGCCGUUGCACGGAUACACUUGAUCGGCCUCUCAUUGCCGACAUCAUUAUACCACGACCGGCCUCUCGGCUCGGCGUGCCUAUCUUUUGAAGACCGGCCUCGUCCCCGCCCUCGCGGACGAGGACCGUUGCUUGAUUUUUGGGAUCGGCCUCUCAUUCCCGACACUGUCAUAUCAUGUUCGGCCCCCCGGCCUGGCGUGAUUAUCAUCUUUGAAGACCGGCCUCGUCCCCGCCCUCGCGGACGAGGACCGUUGCUUGAUUUUCUCAGAUCGGCCGCUCAUUGCCGACACUGUCAUAUCAUGUUCGGCCCCCCGGCCUGGCGUGAUUAUCAUCUUUGAAGACCGGCCUCGUCCCCGCCACACCGCGGACGAUGACCGUUGUUUGAUUCUUUCAGAUCGGCCGCUCAUUGCCGACACCAUUAUACCACGACCGGCCCCUCGGCUCGGCGUGCUUAUCUUUUGAAGACCGGCCUUGUCCCCGCCCCUCGCGGACGAGGACCAUUGCUUGAUUCUUUCAGGUCGGCCUCUGACUGCCGACACUAUCAUGUUAUGAUCGGCCCCUCGGCACGACAUAUUUAUCUUUUGAAGACCGGUUUCAUCCCCGCGCUGCGUGGAUGAGAGCCGUUGCUUGGAUAUAUCGGCCUGAUCGGACACUAUUUUCAUCUCCUUAUCAGGACCGACUGCUCAGCGACAUUAUGAUCAUUAUCGGCUCCCAAUGCCGACCUUCUUGAGUUAGCGAUCGGGCUCACCCCUCCCCUCCAGGAGAGUGACCAUCGCCUUCGCAUGACGACCAACUAUUCCAUCGCCUCGUCAUUUUAUUCAUUUUUGCAUCCCACCACCAUUAUGUGUGACAUCACUUGUGGUUAUCCUUGGAACCGACGAACGUAUUUUCCUCCCUCAAAAAAAAAAAAAAAAAAAAGAAAAGAAAAAAAAAAAAAAGAUGGGAGAAGGGGAGACGAGAUCCUAUGAGAGAGGGAGUCUUGACGAGGUAUGCCUGAUCUUCCUUCACCGCGUAUGACGAACGUCUCCCGACGCGGAGGCUAGUAGGAACGUGGGGGGGGCUAGACGUACCAAAGGGAACCCCGGCAAGAUAAACCAGUUCCUCCCAUGACCCGUGGUUCGAUGAACACCUUCUGCCAAAGCAGAAGGCUAGUAGGGCCACGAGCAUGGGACGACGAAGCAGGGAAUCCCGACGUGGAUAAACCUGUUCCUCCUUGCGAUCGUUGGAUGACCGAACGUCUUCUUCGAAGUAAGAAGAUUAGUAGGACCACGACAGGGACGAACGAAGAAUAGGGAAUCCCGACGUGGAUAAACCUGUUCCUCCUUGCGAUCGUUGGAUGACCGAACGUCUUCUUCGAAAUAAGAAGAUUAGUAGGACCACGACAGGGACGAACGAAGAAUAGGGAAUCCCGACGUGGAUAAACCUGUUCCUCCUUGCGAUCGUUGGAUGACCGAACGUCUUCUUCGAAGUAAGAAGAUUAGUAGGACCACGACAGGGACGAACGAAGAAUUGGGAAUCCCGACGUGGAUAAACCUGUUUCUUCUCAUAGUUGGGAUGACGAACGUCUCCUGCGAAACCAGGAGACCAGUACUCACGAGACUUGGGAAGAACAAAGAUCGAGUUCUUUACCGGAGUCUGUUGCGUGCCGAGUGUACACCGCUUAGCGGUCCAUACAUAGGACCACGGAUACGGUAGACGAACGAAGACCAGCUCCAUGGAUCAGACACGACGGACCAGUUCUUUACCGAAGUCUGUUGCGUGCCGAGUGUACACCGCUUAGCGGUCCAUACAUAGGACCACGGAUACGGUAGACGAACGAAGACCAGCUCCAUGGAUCAGACACGACGGACCAGUUCUUUACCGGAGUCUGUUGCGUGCCGAGUGUACACCGCUUAGCGGUCCAUACAUAGGACCACGGAUACGGUAGACGAACGAAGACCAGCUCCAUGGAUCAGACACGAUGGACCAGUUCUUUACCGGAGUCUGUGCGUGCCGAGUGUACACCGUUUAGCGGUCCGUACAUAGGACCACGGAUACGGUAGACGAACGAAGACUAGCUCCUCAGAUCAGAUGGGAGGGACAUCACCCAGAUUUAUUUCAGGCUCACCAUUCCUUCCCGGAUGGAGUCCUGACAGACGAUCGGCUUCUCACAGCCAAUCAGGAGAGAGACUUGACACAUCACCAGCACGGCCGAGGGCCGCGAGACGAUUACCACUCACCGACAGGCCGAGGGCCAUGAGAUGAUCAUCACUAUUUUCCUGCAUCACGAUCGGCCCCUCAGCCCCAUCGUGUCCAGACUCACGGUUCGGCUCGCCCAUCCCCUCCAGGAUGGCGACGACCGUCUUGUGCAGUACGACCGGCCCCUCAGCGCCAUCGUACCCGGCUCACGUUCAGCUCGUCCAUCCCUUCCAGGGUGGCGACGAACGUCUUGUGCAGUAUGAUCGGCCCCUCAGCGCCAUCAUACCCAGUUCACGGUUCGGCUCGCCCAUUCCCUCCAGGAUGGCGACGACCGUCUUAUGCAGUACGACCGGCCCCUCAGCGCCAUCGUACCCAGCUCACGUUCAGCUCGCCCAUCCCCUCCAGGAUGGCGACGACCGUCUUGUGCAGUAUGAUCGGCCCCUCAGCACCAUCAUACCCAGUUCACGGUUCGGCUCGCCCAUUCCCUCCAGGAUGGCGACGACCGUCUUAUGCAGUACGACCGUCCCUUCAGCGCCAUCGUACCCAGCUCACGUUCAGCUCGUCCAUCCCUUCCAGGGUGGCAACGAACGUCUUAUGCAUCACGAUCGGCCCCUCAGCGCCAUCGUGUCCAGAUUCACGGUUCGGCUCGCCCAUUCCCUUCCAGGAUGGCGACGACCGUCUUAUGCAGUACGAUCGGCCCCUCAGCGCCAUCGUACCUGGCUUCACGGUUCAGCUCGCACAUUCCCUCCGGGAUGGCGACGACCGUCUUAUGCAGCACGAUCGGCCCCUCAACGCCAUCGUGUCUCUUUCACGUUCGGAUCGCGCAUCCCCUCCAGGAUGGCGACGAACGUCUUAUGCAGUGCGAUCGGCCCCCUCAGCGCCAUCGUACCUGGCUUCACGGUUCGGCUCGCGCAUCUCUUCCAGGAUGGCGACGAACGUCUUAUGCAGUGCGAUCGGCCCCUCAGCGCCAUCGUACCUGGCUUCACGGUUCGGCUCGCACAUUCCCUCCGGGAUGGCGACGACCGUCUUAUGCAGCGCGAUCGGCCCCUCAGCGCCAUCGUGUCUCUUUCACGUUCGGAUCGCGCAUCUCUUCCAGGAUGGCGACGAACGUCUUAUGCAGUGCGAUCGGCCCCUCAGCGCCAUCGUACCUGGCUUCACGGUUCGGCUCGCACAUUCCCUUCAGGAUGGCGACGACCGUCUUAUGCCGCACGAUCGGUCCCUCAGCGCCAUCGUGUCUCUUUCACGAUCGGAUCACGCAUCCCCUCCAGGAUGGCGACGAACGUCUCAUAUGCAGCACGAUCAGCGCCCCAGCGCCAUCGUGUCUGGUAGAGCUGAGCACGGGUCGGGUUCGGGCGGGUCGGGUCUGCGUACCCUAAACCCGUUCGGGUUUUUUAAGUUAAAUACUAGGCCCGACCCUUUGAUAUUUCAAAUCGGGUUUUUCGGAUAUUUGUAAGUCGGAUAUUAUCGGAUAUCGGAUCGGGUUUCGAAUAUUUCGGUUAUAUUAAAAAUAUAUAUAAUUGGAUAAUUAAAGUGUUUGAAUGCCACUUUGACAAAAAUUCUACAAACUAGUGCACUAAACAUUCAAAUUACGCAAAUAAUUUAAUACAAAUUGCAUAAAUAAUUACACAAAUAAUUGAACACAAGUAUUAAUUUAACAUAUUCAAAGUACACACUACAUAAUUUAAUAUAUUUCGAAUAUUUCGGUUAUAUUAAAACACAUUAUAAUUGGAUAAUUAAAGUGUUGGAAUGUCACUUUGACAAAAAUUGUACACACUAGUGCACUACGCAUUCAAAUUACAAAAAUAAUUUAACACAAAUUGCACAAAUAAUUACACAAAUAAUUGAACACAAGUAUUAACUUAACAUAUUCAAAGUACACACUAAAUUAUUUAAUAUAUUUCGGAUAUUCGGGCGGGUCGGGUUGGGAUUAUACAAACCCUACCCGCCACCCGAUCUAGGCCCAAUACUAAUCGGAUUUUCGGUUUCGGGUUUUUCGGGUCGGAUAUCCAUUUCGGUUCGGAUAAUAUCCGAAAAAAACUUCGGGUUUUGCGGGUCGGUUCGGGUUUUGCUCAGCCCUAGUGUCUGGCUCGUGUUCGGCUCGCCCAUCCCUUCCAGGAUGGCGACGAACAUCUCUUAUACAACUCGAUUGGCCCCUCGGCGGCAUCAUGUCUAGUUCACCUCCGGCUCCGCCCAUGCCAUCUCGGAUGGGGGACCCGUCGUAUGCAGCAUGAUUGGCCCCUCGGCGGCAUCAUGUCUAGUCCACCUUCGGCUCCGCCCAUGCCAUCUCGGAUGGGGGACCCGUCUUGCGCAGCGCGUCUGCUUCUCGGUGCUGACAUGCCCGGGUUAUCGAUGAGAGCUACUGCUUCUAUCACAUCUUGCAUUCCCUCUCUCAUACAUUACAUACAUACAUUACAUGCAUACAUACAUUCAUGCAUCAUACCUCAUACAUUCAUACAUACACACGUGCAUCAUGUUUGACAGUACCGCGACGUCGGUUUAUAGAUGAUGGACCUCUAAGCUUCUCCGAUUGGAAAGCUCGAGUCAGAGUUCUUUACUCCCGCCUGAUGCAUUCAGGGGGAGUGUGCCCGUGGAGGAGCACCCUUCGCCCGACCCUGUCAGGAAGGGGGGUGCCUCACUGGUAGAUUACGUUCAGGAGUGCAGACACUCACUCAUAUAUGAUGAUUAUGUGAAGACACAGUUUCCAGCAAGACAGAGGAAGAGCGCAGGCAGAGUAUAUUUUCUCGAGCAGAUUCGCGAGCUCACUACUCAAGAAACUGGGGGACUUGUGUUGGGAUAUAUUAUCCCGGCCUAUUACUGUUCAUGAGUCCAAGGCUUUACGUAGUACGGAGCCCGAGCAGCUAGGCCCAUUUCGGCCCAUCCGGCCCACUUUAGCCAUUUGGGCCCACUCCGGCCCAUGCGGCCCAUUAGGGUGGAGAGCAUCCCCUUCCCCUAUUCUCUAUAAAUAUGGGGGUUUCCCUCCAUAUUAGGGAUCUUGUCUUCUUCCUUCUUUCUAGAAUAGAAUAGCUAGCUUCAUCCUCCAUUAAUGGGAGCUCAAUACCUUGUACUUUGUAAUGGUGAGGAGAGAUUAAUGAGAAGGAGAGGGCUUGGACAUUAGCCUAAAAAGUCCCGUGGUUUUCUCCCUUUCGGGUUUCCACGUAAAAAUAGUUUGUUCAUACACAUUUAUACAUAUAUUUACUAUAUCGUGUUGGAUUAAACUCAACAAUCUAGUUUAAAUCUUAGCUCCCAAAUUGCAAGUAUAAAUUAGAACAAAUAUUCAAGUUGGAAUAAAGAAGAAAGGUG